AAGCUGGCUGGGGUCCCCCGCCUCCUUUAGGAAAGAGGCGCAGGACCCUGGUGCUUUCUCCCCCCUCCCUGAUUCUUUUAGGGCGGCGAGGGGGUGCAUCUCUUCUGGCCUGAAUCUUAAAAGAAAAUAUAUUUAGUUGAAAGAUCUUCCUUCUCUCUCUUCCCCUCCCCAUUUAUUUGGACUCUCUCUUUUUUUCGGCUUUCCUCGCAGUCCUGUGUACAAGGGCUGCGCUGGACGAUCCCAACUUUUCCUUUCUCUUCUUCUCUCCGACAUUAAUUUGAGAGAGGGGUAGUGGCGGCGAAACCCCACAUUUUCCAACUGGGGGGACGCCUCCUCCGCUGCAGGCUGGCCCCGAUGGGAGACACGCAGAAGGGUCAAACAAAUCGAACCAUCAAGACGAAGGAUGCCCACGUCUGUGGCAGAUGUUGUGCCGAGUUCUUUGAACUAUCGGAUCUCCUGCAACACAAGAAGAACUGUAGUAAAAAUCAAUUAGUUUUAAUUGUGAAUGAAAAUCCUGUAUCUCCUCCUGAAGCCUUCCCUCCUAGCUCCCCUACUGAUAAUCCUGACGAACAGAGGAAUGACACAGUUAACAAUAUGGAUCAAGUAGACCGCAGCAACCUUUCUGAGCACAACAACAAACUUGACAAGGCAGAAUCCAUGGAUGCGGAGGCUUCUGGCAUUAGUAAGGGCAUUGGCGGUAGUUCCCAGAAUGUCAGUGAUAGUAUUGCAAGCAGUAACUGCUCCACAAUGGGUACCUCAGCUAUAACAACCUCUCUACCUCAAAUAGGGGAUCUGUCAACGCUAGGCAACUUUUCGAUGAUCAACAGCAACGUCAUCAUUGAAAACCUUCAGAGCACGAAAGUGGCAGUCGCUCAGUUCUCGCAGGAGGCACGGUGCAAUGGCACCUCUGCUAGCAAGCUGGCCGUCCCGGCCCUCAUGGAGCAAUUGCUAGCUUUGCAGCAGCAACAGAUCCACCAGUUGCAACUGAUUGAACAAAUUCGUCACCAAAUAUUAUUACUGGCUUCCCAGAAUGUGGACCUGCCAACAUCUCCUAGCCCCUCCCAGAGUACAUUAAGAACAUCUGCCAACCCCUUGUCCACGUUAAGUUCCCAUUUAUCCCAGCAGCUGGCUGCGGCGGCUGGGUUGGCACAGAGCCUAGCUAGCCAGUCUGCCAGCAUCAGUGGUGUGAAGCAACCACCCCCUGUACAGCUACCUCAGAGCAACCCUGGCAACCCUAUGAUUCCAUCCAGUAGCUGCUCAUCUCCAAAUAUGAACCUAUCUGCAGCAGCAAUUGCAACACCAUCCUCUGACAAAGUGGCUACAAAUGCUGGUGGCCCACAGCUUGGCAAUCCGCCAGUGACCAUGUCAUCCUCGCCAGCUUUUGCAAUAAGCAGUUUGUUAAGCCCUGUAUCAAAUCCUCUUCUACCUCAGCCCACCCCAAGCAACUCUGUGUUCCCCGGUCCUUUGUCGAGUCUUGGAACUACUGCAGAGGAUUUAAACUCAUUGGCUGCUCUGGCCCAGCAAAGGAAAAGUAAGCCUCCCAACCUGGCCACCUUUGAAGCAAAAAGUACUUCCGACGAAGCGUUCUUCAAGCAUAAAUGCAGGUUCUGUGCGAAAGUGUUUGGGAGCGACAGUGCCUUGCAGAUCCAUUUGCGUUCUCACACUGGGGAGAGGCCGUUUAAGUGCAACAUCUGUGGAAACCGGUUUUCCACCAAGGGGAACUUAAAAGUCCACUUUCAGCGUCAUAAAGAAAAAUACCCUCACAUUCAAAUGAACCCUUAUCCAGUGCCAGAGCAUUUGGAUAACAUUCCCACAAGUACAGGUAUCCCAUAUGGAAUGUCGAUACCACCUGAGAAGCCUGUAACGAGCUGGCUGGACAGCAAGCCAGUGUUAUCAACUUUGACGACAUCAGUUGGCCUACCGCUUCCACCCACAAUUCCAAGCUUGACCCCUUUUAUCAAAACAGAGGAGCCUCAGCCUAUUCCCAUCACUCGCCCUUCAUCUAGUCCCCCGUGUUCUGUGAAAAGUGACUCUGGUUCCAUUGAUCCUGCUGGGAAGAAUUCAAAUGGGCAUUUAGUUGAAGGGGAGGUGGGUCCCUUGCUGUCCUCCAAUGACAAACCAGAGGAAAGCAUCCAGAUGCUUGCUGCCUCCACUAGUCUUAACAAUUCUGUAACCUCACCUGCAGCAGAUUCAGGUUCCAACAAUGUGGUCACCUUCACCAAUCCACUAAUGCCUCUCAUGUCAGAGCAAUUUAAAGCCAAGUUUCCAUUUGGGGGGCUUCUGGAUGCUACACCAGCCUCCGAGACCUCAAAGCUGCAGCAACUAGUGGAAAAUAUCGACAAAAAGGCAACUGAUCCCAAUGAGUGUAUCAUUUGCCACCGAGUUCUUAGUUGCCAGAGUGCUUUGAAAAUGCACUACCGCACACAUACUGGUGAAAGGCCAUUUAAAUGCAAAAUCUGUGGCCGCGCCUUCACGACAAAGGGAAAUCUCAAGACCCAUUACAGCGUUCACCGUGCCAUGCCCCCUCUGAGAGUGCAACACUCCUGCCCAAUUUGCCAGAAAAAGUUCACCAAUGCUGUUGUGCUGCAGCAGCACAUCAGGAUGCACAUGGGUGGGCAGAUACCUAACACACCCGUGACGGAAAACUAUCCUGAGUCGAUGGAAUCCGAUACGGGGUCUUUUGAUGAGAAGAACUUUGAUGAUCUGGAUAACUUUUCGGAUGAGAACAUGGAAGACUGUCCUGACAGCAGUGUGCCAGAUACACCUAAAUCCGUUGAUGCAUCUCAAGAUAGUUUAUCAUCAUCCCCAUUGCCACUGGAAAUUUCAAGUAUUGCUGCUUUAGAAAAUCAGAUGAAGAUGAUCAAUGCGGGGCUUGCUGAGCAGCUUCAAGCAAGCUUAAAAUCUGUCGAGAAUGGGUCAGUGGAAGGGGACGUCAGGACGAAUGAUUCGUCAUCGGUUGGUGGCGAUAUGGAAAGCCAAAGUUCUGGGAGUCCUGCUAUUUCUGAGUCUACCUCUUCCAUGCAGGCCUUGUCCCCAUCUAACAGCACGACUGAGUACCACAAGUCACCAUGUGUUGAAGAGAAACCACCAAAAACUUUAUCAAGCGAUUUUGCCAACGGUUGGCCUCCAGCCCUUGCAAAUGGUGGUGCUUUGGACUUGACGUCAGGCAACCCCGAGAAAAUGAUUAAGGAAGAGUCAUUGAGCAUGCUGUUUCCUUUUCGAGACAGAGGCAAGCUUAAAAACACGGCAUGCGACAUUUGUGGCAAAACGUUUGCAUGUCAGAGUGCCUUGGACAUUCAUUACAGAAGUCAUACCAAAGAGAGACCAUUUAUUUGCACAGUUUGCAAUCGUGGCUUUUCCACAAAGGGUAAUUUGAAGCAGCAUAUGUUGACACAUCAAAUGCGAGAUCUACCAUCACAGCUCUUUGAACCCAAUCCAACCCUUGGCCCCAAUCAGAACUCUUUAUCGGUGCUGCCUGCUAACUCGCUCUCGUCUCUCAUAAAAACGGAGGUCAACGGUUUUGUACACAGUGCUCCUCAGGACAGCAAAGAGAUGUCUCCCAGCCUAGUUCCUUCAGGGCAUUUGCCACCUUCGGCUACGUCACCUGUCUUGCUCCCGGCUCUGCCCAGAAGAACGCCGAAGCAGCACUACUGCAAUACAUGUGGAAAAACCUUCUCAUCCUCCAGUGCUUUGCAGAUCCAUGAAAGGACUCACACAGGAGAGAAGCCUUUUGCCUGCACUAUAUGUGGAAGAGCUUUCACAACAAAAGGCAACCUUAAGUGUCUCUUUCAGGUUCACAUGGGAACUCAUAUGUGGAACAGCACACCUGCCCGGCGAGGCAGACGGCUUUCUGUGGAUGGCCCCAUGACUUUUCUCGGAAGCAAUCCUGUAAAAUUUCCAGACAUGUUUCCAAAAGAUUUGGCCAUGAGGUCAGGAAAUGGAGACCCGUCAAGCUUCUGGAAUCAGUACGCAGCUGCCCUCUCCAAUGGCUUGGCAAUGAAGACAAAUGAGAUCUCGGUCAUUCAAAAUGGUGGCAUCCCUCCAGUUCCUGGAAGCCUGGGCAACGGCAGCAGCUCCCCAAUUGGGGCCUUGACGGGCAGCUUGGAGAAGCUCCAGAACUCAGAACCUAACGCGCCUCUAGCUGGUCUGGAGAAAAUGGCAAGCAGCGAGAAUGGGACUAAUUUCCGUUUCACGCGUUUUGUGGAAGACGGCAAAGAGAUUGUAACAAAUUAGGACACGUGUUACGAACGUUUCUGCAGAUAUUGCAACCUAAGGUUGUGUGGUUUUUGUUUUUAGUUUUCGGGGGUGGGGGGUGCAAAUCAACAAAACAGCACCAUUAAAAAGACAUUCUUUUGUACCCUGUUUGACAUCUAUAGAGUCCUAAAAACAGCUUAUUUAUUAGUGAUAUAACCUUUUUUUUUGCUUUGCAAACACAUGCAAGCGUUAACUUUGGUCUUCUGUAUUUUGAACUAAAUACUAAUUGACUAGAGUGCUGUAACAUUUAUAGCAACACAAGUCUGUUCAUCUAGGUGGUCUCAUUCUGGCAUUUUAACUUAUUUUCUAUAUCCAGUUUAACAUGAACUUUUGGGGGUGGUGCAAUGCCUCCAUAAUACAUUCUCACCCCUGCCCCACUCUCUCUCAUAACAAAAAGUCUGUAUAUGUGUACACGUUGAUCCCGAUGGGGAAAAGAUUUAUCAGCAAACACGUUGUUUAAUUCUCCAAACAGAUUUGCGCAGAGGAUUGAAAAAUGGACCAUAUAAAAUUGAAUCAUAUGCAUCCUUCACGACGAGCUUGGUUGUUAUUUUAUUUUAAUUGUUUUUAUUCUAAAGUUGAAACAACUUUUUUUGGGGUGGGGGGGCAAGACUUAACUUUCUUUCCCCACCUUUUGGAAUUGUCCUUUGUAUUGCGUUGGGGUUUUGUUUUGGUUUUUUACUGGAGUUGUCUUAGAUGUUAAUAAGUUUCUGUACAGUAAAUAAGCAAGCAGAUGAUUAGAGGAGGCCUGAAAAAAUGUUGUUUUUGGUAGUUUGAAAACUUUUGCCUUGUAGGUAUAUUCACUCUAGAGAAAGGGUGGGGGAGUCCUGGACUUUGUGCUGCUAUUUAAAAUAAGCAUCUUGAGCAACCUUCCAUGGACACAUUUAGAUGCUCCUUGUAUAUACAAUGAGAAAUCUCGAGUUCAUUAAAAUGUACAUAUGUUCCCAAUGAGCUCAAACCCAACUUCUUGACCAAGAUAAUAAGUACAGUGUUUGUUUAUUUUGCAUUUGGUAUUGGGGCAGGGGGGAUACUUUGGACUAUUACAUGCACUUUCUUGGAUAACAAAGGAAAUAGGUCCCGUUUCUUUUAACGUUUAAUACUAACAGCAGAGAUACUGUAAUUUUACGAGAGUAAACAAAUACAUUUCUUUUCAACCGAUAAAAGUUGGAAUGUUUUCUCUGUGUGUUUUUAAAAAAGGAGGGUUUCCUCCUAGAAUGGCUCUGGAUGUGACCUUUGGGUAGUACAUUCCCAUGAGAAAGAUGAGGAAUGGGGUAUAUGAGUAUACAUAGGGGUGUAUACACAAGUAUACUGCAAAGCAACCUUCCCCUAACAUGGUGCCCUCCAGAUGUUUUGGACUACAACUCCCAGCAGUCCCAGUCAGUAUGGUCUAUGGUCAGAGAUGAGGGGAGUUGUAGUGCAAGCAUCAGGUUGAGGAAGGCUGCUGCAGUGCAUUGGUCUUCCACAAGUAGGUUAUAUUUAAGCCGGUCAUAUUAGCGGCACCACUGCAUUUUUCUUUUUGAUUCUCUCUUUAAAACAGGGAUGGAAUGCCAGAUGUUGAUAUUCUGCCAAAGAAUCCUGGAAGCAGUAGUUUGCGAAGGGUGCUGAGGUUUGUUAGAAGACCCCUUUUCCCCUCACAUAACUAUGAUUCCCAGGGUUCCCUGGGAAGAGGGAUUAACUGUUAAACCAUUCUGGAAAUUGUACCUGUAUGAGGGAGAGUAGGGGGUCUCCUUACAACUCUCAGAACUCUUUAAAAAAAACUCUCCAGUUCCCAAGUUUCUUUGGUGGAAGCUGUGAUUGUUUAAAAUAGUGUUGUAGUGCUUUUAAUGUGUAGUGGGAAUGCGGCGCUUGUUUUAGAGGAAGACAGGAGAGCAUUUGCCAAUGUGGUUGUCACAGAGAGAAAAGAAGAAAGAUGGGACAGAUGUAGGAAAUAAUUUAAAACUAGAUUGCUUGAUGGAAGGUUGCGAUUAAAGAAGGAUCCUGGGUCUGAUUAGGUGAAAGCAAGUGAUCUAGAGCAGGUGUUCUCAAAUUAUCCCUGGGGUCUAUGUGAGAGGCCUGGAGAGGACUGAAACCUACCACUCUGCAGGGGGCAGAGCCAGUUAUCAAAUGGCAGUGAAUGGGGUCAGAGUUGGGUAUGAUCAGCUGGCAAUUGGAGGCAUCAUUUUCUAUUGAACUCUAAUCCCUCUCUGGAAUUUUUCUUUAAAAAUUAUUAUAUGUGUAUCCCACCUUUCUUCCAAGGAGCUCAAUAUGGCCUAUUAAACAUGGUUCUCCCCCUCCCAAUUUCAUCCUUGCAACAACCCUGUGAGGUAGGAAGGCUAGGGCUGAGAGGCAAUGAUUGGCCCAAAGUCACCAAGUGAGUUUCAUGGCCAAGUAGGGUUUGAAUCCUGUGCUCAGAUCUUAAUCCGACAGUCUAACCACUACACCACACUUGUUUUUCCUUUUCCCUCAGUCCAUUCCUCCCUUACGUCUCCCUCUUUCUACUUCUUUCCAGUUUUCCCCUCGCACUCAGUUGGCUGUCCAUUCCAUUUCCUUCCUUUUCUUCUCUCUUUUCUCUCCUCCAGGUUAGCAUGCCUCACUCCCACCCUAUCCGCUUCCUCUCCAUGCCUGUACGAUUCAUAUAUGGGAAACCGCUACUGCUGGUAUUGGCCCAUCCAAAAGACCAGAGAAUGGGCUGCAGUGCUGAGGCCCUCCUGAAAGUAGCCCAAGGCACAACAGGAGUUCCUGGUCCCCAGUUUGAGAAACACAGUUCUAGUGGAGGUUUGUGAAGAGCUGCUUCCUCAGUCCUCUGAUGGCAAGUCAGAAUUUCCUUUAGAUAACAAGCUAAGAAAGUUUUGUAGCAUUAGUCUUGACUUCUGGGAUACAUUCGGAACCUCAGGUGCACUUUUCAUUAUGUAAUUGACACAUGAGUAGACUUACAGGGUUGUCAUUUUAGGACAUUGUCACACACUGUCACCCAUACAAUGUCCCCACUUUUCAGCCACUUACCACUUACUGUUUUCCUUCUGGAAACAGAAAACAACAACACCCCCCACUGGGGUCCAAUAAUAUGCAUGCAGAGGGAGCCAACUUAUACUGUUCAGAAAAAGUCUACCACCUUUGAAUAAGUUUUUUUUUCUGGCUCAAGGUGCUUUGGAAGCAUCAAGCACACUUGUGGUGACAAAAAAAAAGUCUCUGAAGUACAAAGUGACUCCAUUCAAAAUCUCAUUGGGGUCCAAAUAUACCCCCAAGCUGGGGAAGUGUGAUUUUUUUUUCAUCCGUCUGGAUGAAGGUUGAAAACCAAAAGUUGAUUGGUUUGUGUUUUUUCCUGGGUCAUCAAAGUGCUACAAAUAACCAAAUUUGGCAAAAUUGGGACUGUAAGAGCUAGUAAUUUGAAUAGGUGCAUUUACAAGGCUUCUCUAGAGCAGAAAGGAGUUUGGGGUUCUCCACAGAGUAUAUGUCAAUUGUAAAUGAUGUUUAGCCCACCUACAGAAUACACACAUUUAUGCCCUUUCCCUGCUGCUCCUCUUCAUAGCUGUGCUUGAUGAAUGGUUCCUUGAAAAUAUUCAAGUCUACACUUUUAUUGGGAUCAUCAUGGAGCAUAAGUCUAUCAGUGGCUACUAGCCAUGAUGACUAUAUUCUACCUCCAUUGGUGCAGUGUGGCUCUGAAUGCCAGUUGCUGGCUUCCCAUAGGCUUCUGAUUGGCCACUGUGAGCAAGAAACUGGACUUGAUAGGCCUUUGGCCAGAUCCAGCAGGACCCUCUUUUUGUUUGGUUGAAGACUUUUUUCAAGCUUACUAAGAUGCUAGUAAUCCUACGUUUCCACACUGGGCACAGAGGAGGGAGCUUUUCACAUCCUGGAAAUUCAGGGUACUAGCCUUUCUGGCUAGUAGGGGAAAAAAGAGCAAGCUAGUAACAUCACAUUUUUCAUGUGGAAAUCUAAAUGUGCAUCAUCUUUAAGCUAGUCGUGUAUACUAAUGUCACUUCUGAUUUUUAAAAAGAGCUAUGCUCCAUAGCCGCCAUUCAAUAUUUUUAGGAUAGUUGUUUUGAAGUUGGACACUGGAGAGAAUUAUUGGAUAAUGCUGAGAUUUCAAAGUGCUUAUUGCAGAGCUCAGUUUGGUUUUUUUCCAUGGAUCAUACAAAGGUGGACCUGGGAACACUAUUGCAUCUUCUUGGGGAAAUGCUGUGAAAAAGACACAUAAUGCGAACUUCAGAAUGCAGUUUUGCUUCUUGGUUGGGGGUAUAUUAGAAUCUAUCGGGCCUCGGAUGGUGAAUCUGCUGAUCUUAAUAAAUGCAAGGCUGCCACUCAAAAUGGCAAUUGGCAUCAAGUUGUCCAUAACAAAGACUGCAACUUUCCCCCAUGCCUUGGCAUCACCAUGCUAUGUGUUUCCCCUCAUCUCCUGCGCCACGCUUAUAUGGUUGGAAGGGCUGGGGAAGUACAUUGCAUCAUGGAAGAGGCUCAGGGUCAUAUUCUCCAUCUGUUUUCAGCAGAGCCCUGUAUCCUAAUGCCUUAUGCCAGGUCAACCUGUUGGCCCAUCUAGCCUAUAUUGUUGAAUGUGAGGUCCAAGAUAGACAUGAUGUUACAAAUUAAUAUGCACAUCAUUUUUUUGUUAUGUAAAUAGCAAUUGUGGGGAAACUUGAGCAACCUCGGGGAGGGGAAGUUUAACCCUUUCUCUCCCCCUCCACAGAGCUGACUAAAGCCCUCCCCUCUAAAGCUAUUUGCAAUUAAGGAGGCUUCCAUUGAAAUCCAAGGAGUAGCUCUAGUGGGGAAGGGAUAACCAGAAAAUGUGCAUGUCCAUUGCAUUCAUGCUAUUAACUUCAUCUAUAGUGGGAAUGGGGAAAAGGGGCCAAUGUGGCUCUCCAGGCCUCUUUGUGUGGCCCUCGGAACUAUCUCCAGAUCACAACCUUCACUGACCAUGCUUUGCAACACAGAGGUGUGCUGGAUUUGCCAGGCUAGAAUGUCUACUUGCCUCUUGUUUGGCCAGAUGGAGAACAGAGAGAUGUCCAUUCGUGCUUAGACUAGGGACAGAAAGACCUAUCAAUUUCAGGUCCCUCAGUUUCUCAUUUUUCCAAUCUUAAAUUCAGCUCCCCAGAUUUCUGCAGUAAUUUGUGUUUCUUUACUUUUUUAAAAAAAAGUCUUCAUGGAAAUUUGUCAGCAUUUUAGCGUGCGUUUCUCCUGUUAAACACAAUUUUGUAUGCAGUCUUGACUAGUG